AGAGCAGGUAAAACUAGAGCACUAACAUUAGUACCCUAAAUGGAGCAGAGGAACCACUUUGAUAUAGUCAUAUAAACAAAGUCAUGUAUCAAAUUAGGAAAUCUUGAGUUUAGUGGUUAGUUGUUUCUUCAUAAAUUUCACCACAUUUUUAGUCUAUAAAUAUCAACCAACUUUGUACCCUUAGAAUCAACAAUUCCAAACUCAAAAAUCUUAGUAGAGUUUGAUCAACACUUAUGGCUACAAAAAUGCACCUAGUGUUUUUGGCUUUCCUUUCAUUGAUACCGCCUUUUAUGGUUGCUCAAGCAGACCCGGGUUAUAGCUAUGGGUACGGCUUUGGAUGGGGUAGUGGUGGUGGGAACGACUAUAGCUCGUUGUCUCCGUACUUCUAUGACUUCUCUUGCCCUCAAGCUAACAACAUUAUUGCUUCGGUCUUAGAGAAUGCUGUUGCACAAGACCCUCGGAUGGCUGCUUCUUUGCUUAGGCUUCAUUUUCAUGACUGCUUUGUUCAGGGGUGUGAUGCUUCUAUACUGCUAGAUGAUAGCGCGACAUUUGUAAGUGAGAAAAAGGCUAAACCAAAUCUUAAUUCCUUGAGAGGUUUUACUGUCAUUGAUGAAAUUAAAGCCAGGUUAGAAGAAGCAUGCCCUGAAACUGUCUCUUGUGCUGAUAUCUUGGCCUUGGUAGCUCGCGCCGCCAGUGUCUUGAGUGGAGGACCUAAUUGGGAAGUCCCAUUAGGAAGAAGGGACUCAAAAGCAGCAAAUAUGCUACUUGCAAAUGCAACAAUUCCUCCUCCUAUUCUUACAGCCCAAAAGCUUAUUGCAUCAUUUCAACAACAAGGCCUAGAUGAAGUUGAUCUUGUCGCGCUCUCAGGAGCACAUACUAUUGGGGUGGCGAGGUGUACAAGUUUUAAGCAAAGGUUGUAUAGCCAAAAUGGUAACAAUCAACAACCAGAUUUGAGCCUCGAAAAGGCUUACUUAAAUGAAUUGAAGUCAGUUUGUCCUUCAUCAGGGGGUGACAACAACAUAACUCCAUUGGAUUAUGCAUCUCCAAAGACCUUUGAUAACACUUACUAUAAACUCAUCUUGGGAGGCAGGGGACUUUUGUUUACAGAUCAACAACUUUAUUCAGGAAAUUACGCGAAUUUAGCUCAAUUGGUCAAGUCUUAUGCUGAAGAUGAAGGGUUGUUCUUUGAUCAAUUUGCUAAGUCCAUGGUUAAGAUGGGAAAGAUUAGCCCUCUCUUAGGGUCUAAUGGUGAAGUUAGGAAGUAUUGUCGUCGCCCUAAUUAAUUCAUUUAAGUACUUUACCUCUUUAAGUAGGAUGAUUAUUGGGUUUAAUUUGUGAUUUAUUGGGUUCUUGUCAAGUUGUGAAUCCGUACUAAGGUUUGAUUAUUCAUGUUCGAUUUAAUUUUAAAAAUUGUUGUUAAUUUGUAAGGUUGAUGUUAGUUGCAAUCCUUGUAAUAAUGAAAUUCUUAUGCAAAAUAGUAAGGGUUGAUUUAAGGGAGAUAUGCAUUGUACUGUGUUAUAAGAUUUAUGCAAUUGAUCAAUUAUAACUUCUUC